AAAGCAGCCUAGUCAUACUGCCGAUGGGAUGGAGACGUUUCUUUUCUUCGGAUAACAACAACUCUUCCAAUCCAGAAAAACCAGCCAAAACUACUUUAGAUGAGAUCCGAACAUCGAAAACUUUUCCUCGUCUUCGAAUAAAACCAAGAAAAAGGAAUAUCACGCCGUUGGCAGUGGCCAUCGUUGCCAUUCCUUUUUUCGCUGUCGGGUUUCGUGCUUAUAGAGAGCCAAGUUUCUAUGAUGAACUGCAAUCUUAUAUCCCCUUUAUAUUGCCCAACCGUAAAGUGAGUGCCCACCUAUCAUCUUCUAAAACAGAUCAAAGUACAAGUAACCACGAUAACAGCUCAGACAACUCGAUGGCUUCCGUAGUUGAUGACAACAUAUCUCCUCCAGAAAACUCAUCCAAUACAACUUUGAUAGGAUUGUCAAACGAUGAAGAGAGCCAUCCAUCUAAUCCAUCGAGUAGUGAAGACGAAAGCGAUAUUUCUAAAACGAUACUCAAGACAGUCCAUUCUUUUUCUGAAACUCUGAAUGAGGAAAUGAACCACAAAAAGGAUUCCACUUGUAUUCUUUUAUCAACAAUGAAGGUAUACAACGAAGGAGCCAACUCACAAGAUAACGAAUGGUUGACAACUCAUAGAAGAGAAUCUCCUAUGAGAGAUAUUUUGGAUAAAGUUCAUAAUGAAAAUCUCACAAUGGACGAACUGAAACAACAAAUUCAACAGGCAAUAGCACAACUGGAGGAACAGAAUAGAUGGGAAGCUUUUCGUAUUCAAGAGGCAGUUCGAGCACAAGCCUUACAAGACCAACAAGAAUGGGAGAAAAGAAAAGAAGAAAUGGAACAGUAUUACAGUCAAAAGUUUUUAGAGGAAUGGAAAGUGAUUCAGCAAGAAAUGGAAAGAAGAUUAGAAGAACAGUUGAAAUAUGGUCACGAAACUAUAGAAUCUCAAGUAAGAGAAGAAAUGGAAGAUAAACUUGCCAAACGCUCAGCAGAGUUAGAAGAGGAAUACGAACAACGAAGAAAGGCUUUAGUAGAAGAAAUGGAUGCAAGAUUGAGAGGAAUCUUAGAACAGGAACGGAAGAAUCGCCUUCGAAUGUUAGAAAACUUACAGGUUCAAGUGCGAGCUCUCAGGAGUCAAUUUAUGGAGAAUUCCAAUUUUCAACAUUUAAGUAGUUAUGCUCAUCGAAUCUCUUGUAUUGCUUAUGGAUUGGAGGGAUUACUCGAAGGAAGUCGACCUUUUAGGAAGGAAUUGGAAAGGAUAAAGAGCAUCAUUUCAGAAAUGUCUAUGAAGGAACCCACAAGAGCUGAUAAAGUAUCCGAUGUAGAAAUGUUGAGUUAUCUUAUCUCGACUAUUCCUAAAGAAGCAGCAGAGAGAGGAAUUCCUAGUGAAGCUGAGUUGAUUCAUCGAUUUCAUAGAAUUUUGAAACAUUUGCGACGUGCUGCUUUGAUUCCAGAAGAGAAAGUAUCCUCUUUAUGGUCCCAUAUGGUGGCUUAUGUAAUUGCCUGGUUGAAAAUUCCUGAAAGAGUGUUAUCCGAAGGGAAUGAUGCGGAGUCUAAGAUUUCACGUGCUGAGUAUUAUGUGACUAAACAUAAUUUAUUGCAAGCUGUGAGAGAGUUGGAGGGUUUGAAUGGUUUAUGUGCUGACUUGGCUUCCGACUGGCUUUCCCUUGCAAGAUGGAGAGUUACAGUACAACAAGCGGUACAAGUAAGCAGAGCGUUUGUUGUAUUAGAAGAGGAAGCUUUGGCAUGAAAUGGAUUUUCAUGAAGUAGAAGACUGUUUGAAAUAGGAUAGCUUUGCUGUCUGGAAUAGAUGGAAGACUUGAGGAAAUAGAAAGUUUCCUAUUGCAUUGCCUAUUUCGUAUCCAAUAAAGUCCUUGUUUAUGGU